UGCUGUGCUGUGAAAGUCAUGUGUUUAUUUUCUGCGUCUCCUGCUACAACAGUCUCUCUAAAGCCAGUUUUUAGAACCCUUCAUCUGGCCAAGCAAGUUUCUCUAGAAGUUGGUUGUACUAGAAGAAAAGAUGAAAACAGUAAUUUUUAACAUAAACUUAUGAAUCAUUAGUGAUUAUAAAGAUUAUAUGAACUAUAGCUUAUAAUGACUAUAAGAAUUGAUUCUUUCUGAUUCUUAUCAAGUCAUUUCCUGUGGAAUUCAUAAUUUGCUGUUUGUGAAAAAGGAUAGAACCAGAGUUCUUACCACCUUGAAACAUACCUUGAAGUUUAAAAGAAGCAAGUUUGAGACUGUGACUUUUUUUUUGCUAACAAAAAGAAAAUGGGCUGUGAUCGAAACUGUGGACUUAUUACUGGUGCUGUCAUUGGUGCAGUCCUGGCUGUGUUUGGAGGUAUUCUAAUGCCAGUUGGAGACAUGCUUGUUGAGAAGACUAUCAAAAAGGAAGUUGUUCUUGAAGAAGGUACAAUUGCUUUUCAAAACUGGGUUAAAACAGGCACAGAAGUUUACAGACAGUUUUGGAUCUUUGAUGUGCUAAAUCCACAGGAAGUGGUGGUAAACAGCAGCAAAAUUAAGGUUAAACAAAGAGGUCCUUACACAUACAGGGUUCGUUAUUUAGCCAAAGAAAAUAUAACCCAUGACACUGAGAGCAACACGGUCUCAUUCGUGCAGCCUAAUGGAGCCAUCUUUGAACCUUCACUAUCAGUUGGAACAGAGGAUGACAUGUUCACUGUUCUCAAUCUAGCUGUAGCAGCUGCUCCUCACCUCUAUCCAAAUGCAUUUGUUCAAGUAUUACUCAAUUCACUCAUCAAAAAGUCAAAAUCAGCCAUGUUCCAAAACAGAACUGUGAAAGAACUGCUAUGGGGUUAUAAGGAUCCAUUCCUGAGUUUGGUUCCAUACCCUAUUCCUACCACAAUUGGUGUGUUUUAUCCUUACAACAAUACAUUUGAUGGAGUUUAUACAGUUCACAGUGGAAAAGACAACAUAAGCAAUGUUGCCAUUAUUGACACAUACAAAGGUAAAAAGAAUCUCUCCUAUUGGCCAAGCUAUUGUGACAUGAUUAAUGGUACAGAUGCAGCCUCAUUUCCACCUUUUGUUGAAAAGAGCCGACUACUGAGAUUCUUUUCCUCUGACAUUUGCAGGUCAAUCUAUGCUGUGUUUGGAGGUGAUAUUGACCUGAAAGGAAUUCCUGUGUAUAGAUUUGUUCUCCCAUCCAAGGCCUUUGCAUCUCCAGUUCAAAAUCCAGACAACCAUUGUUUCUGUACAGAAAAAGUAAUCUCAAAUAAUUGUACAUAUUAUGGUGUGCUAGACAUCAGCAAAUGCAAAGAAGGAAGGCCUGUAUACAUUUCACUUCCUCAUUUUCUACAUGCAAGUCCUGAAAUUUCGAAAGAUAUCGAAGGCUUAAAUGCAAAUGAAGAAGAACAUAGAACAUACUUAGAUGUUGAGCCUAUAACUGGAUUCACUUUGCAAUUUGCAAAACGACUACAGGUUAACAUAUUGGUUAAACCAGCAAAAAAAAUUGAUGCAUUGAAGAAUCUGAAACACCACUAUCUUGUGCCUCUUCUUUGGCUUAAUGAGACUGGCACUAUUGGUGAUGAGAAGGCAGAAAUGUUCAGAAAUAAAGUGACUGGAAAAAUAAAACUCCUUGGACUGGUAGAAAUGGUCCUACUCGGUGUUGGUAUAGUGAUGUUUGUUGCUUUUAUGAUUUCAUACUGCGCAUGCAAAUCACAGACAGUAAAAUAGAUGGGAAGAGUUUGAACUUUCAUCAUACCUCCCCAUAAAGUACUUUAGAGGAACCAAUUAUUUUUAUUUGGUACUGAUUCACUAGUUGGUUCUCUGGUGACAUAUGCAGCAGAAGGAGUGGAUGCUGAAUAACAAAACCUGGGCCCUGAAGUCAUGUCUUUCUCAUCAAGAAGAUAAUACUUUCACCUUUGUCUAUGUCCAUCUGAGAAUGCAACAGACUCCAGGACUAUGAAUGUGCAUCAACUAUUUUGAAAGACAUUUAAUAAUGAAAACUAAAUGACUGGAUUUUGAGCCAUUUGCUGUACAUUACUUAAGUUUCCCUAUGGAAUCCUUUGUACAACAUUAUAGCAGACAUUAUCACUGUUUUCAUUAAAACAAUAUGGGCUUAUUUGUUGUCACUGAUUAUUCAAAUGGAUGUCAUCUUUAGCAGUUUCAUGCUUCUUAUGUUUAAGAAUUUUGUUGCUUUCCAAUUUAUAUACCUUUUCUGGAAAUCUGAGUAGAGUUUUAAUCCUACUCAGUUAUAAUAUAUGCUUGGCAGCUUCAGAAUUCUAUAUUAAUAUUAUGAAAUGUACAUGGUAAUAAAAGAAGUGUUGUUUGGAAGAUAUCAAAGAAUAGAAUGUUCAUUAAUAUUUGUAGUAAUAUCCCUUGCUUUCAUUGUCAUUCAGAAAUUGGUUCAAACUAUUAAAAUAUAUUAUACUUUAAA